AGGGCUCCGUUAGUGCGCCUCCAAGAUGGCGACGCUGUUGGCGGUAAAUUCAGCCGCUAGUCUCUGGGGUCCAUACAAAGACAUCUGGCAAACAGUGGGCAACGCGCUCUGGAGGAGGCAGCCUGAAGCCGGCCACCUUCUGGAUAUGAUUCUGAAGAAACACAAGCCUGACUUCAUCUCGUUAUUCAGAAACCCACCAAAAAACGUUCAACAGCAUGAGAAGGUUCAGAAGGCCAGUACCGAGGGCGUGGCCAUCCAGGGUCAGCAGGGCACGCGACUGCUUCCGGAGCAGCUCAUUAAAGAAGCCUUUAUUCUCAGUGACCUCUUUGACAUCGGAGAACUGGCAGCUGUGGAACUUCUCCUCGCUGGAGAGCACCAACAGCCACAUUUUCCUGGCCUCACCAGAGGACUGGUAGCUGUUCUUUUGUACUGGGAUGGAAAGCGGUGCAUUGCCAACUCCCUGAAAGCUUUGAUUCAGUCUAGACGAGGAAAGACAUGGACUCUAGAACUCAGUCCAGAGCUGGUUUCCAUGACAACACGCUUUACAGAUGAGCUGAUGGAGCAAGGAUUGACUUAUAAAGUCCUUACCCUAGUGUCACAGAUUGAUGUGAAUAAUGAGUUUGAGAAACUGCAGCGAGAAAGAGGUUUGGGCAGUGAAAAACAUCGCAAAGAGGUUUCGGAUCUCAUCAAGGAGUGCAGGCAGUCUUUGGCAGAAAGCCUUUUUGCCUGGGCUUGCCAGUCACCCUUAAGCAAAGAUGACACCCUACUGCUCAUUGGCCAUUUGGAACGAGUGACCGUGGAGGCCAAUGGCUCGCUGGAUGCGGUGAACCUGGCUCUGCUGAUGGCGCUUCUUUACUGCUUCGACAUCACCUUCCUAGAGCAAAGCGCAGAGGACCGGGAGGAUGUGAUCCAUCAGCUGCCGCUGCUGACCGAGAGGCAGUACAUUGGAGCGAUUCACUCUCGUCUGCAGGACUCGCAGGCCUGGAAGCUGCCCGGGCUGCAGGCCACAGUGAGGCUCGCCUGGGCACUCACCCUGAGGGGAGUGUCCCAGCUCUCAGACGUGACAGCUCUGGCUGAAUUCACAGAAGCAGACGAAGCAAUGGCAGAGCUUGCAAUUGCUGACAACGUUUUCCUCUUCCUCACUGAAUCGGUAGUUUUGUCAGAAAACUUCUAUCAGGAGGAAUUCUAUAUCCGCAGGAUCCAUAAUCUCAUCACAGAUUUUCUUGCACUUAUGCCAAUGAAGGUGAAACAGCUGAGGAAUCGGGCAGAUGAAGAUGCUAGAAUGAUCCACAUGAGUAUGCAGAUGGGGAACGAGCCCCCCAUUUCACUUAGAAGGGAUCUGGAACACUUGAUGCUUUUGAUUGGUGAACUAUAUAAAAAGAACGCUUUUCAUUUAGAGCUUGCUCUGGAGUACUGGUGUCCCUCAGAGCCCCUUCAGACCCCCAGUAUCAUGGGCUCUUACCUAGGGGUGGCUCAUCAGCGACCUCCUCAACGCCAGGUUGUCUUGUCCAAGUUUGUUAGGCAAAUGGGUGACCUGUUGCCUCCAACUAUUUAUAUUCCCUAUUUGAAAAUGCUUCAGGGAUUGGCCAGCGGGCCCCAGUGUGCCCACUACUGUUUCAGUCUACUGAAAGUCAACGGUAGUAGCCAUGUUGAAAACAUCCAGGGAGCAGGUGGCAGUCCUGUUUCCUGGGAGCAUUUCUUUCACUCCUUAAUGCUUUACCAUGAGCACCUGCGGAAGGACCUCCCCAGCGCAGACAGCGUCCAGUACCGUCACCUUCCUUCUCGUGGCAUCACCCAGAAGGAGCAAGACGGGCUCAUUGCCUUCUUACAGCUCACGUCGACCAUCAUUACCUGGAGUGAGAACGCUCGCUUGGCACUCUGUGAGCAUCCGCAGUGGACCCCCAUUGUGGUGAUCCUGGGGCUGCUGCAGUGCAGCGUUCCUCCCGUGCUCAAGGCUGAGCUGCUGAAGACACUCGCAGCUUUUGGAAAAUCUCCUGAAAUUGCUGCUUCCCUCUGGCAGUCACUGGAAUACACUCAGAUACUGCAGACCGUCAGGGUUCCAAGCCAGAGGCAAGCGAUUGGUAUUGAGGUUGAACUCAGUGAAAUAGAAUCCCGGUGUGAAGAAUACCCACUGACGCGAGCCUUCUGCCAGCUCAUUAGUACUCUGGUGGAGAGCUCAUUUCCUUCCAACUUGGGCGCUGGGCUGCGGCCCCCUGGCUUUGACCCUUAUCUGCAGUUUCUUAGAGAUUCUGUGUUUCUUCGAUUCCGCACGAGAGCUUACCGGAGAGCAGCUGAAAAGUGGGAGGUGGCCGAGGUGGUGCUGGAGGUGUUUUACAAAUUGCUCAGAGAUUAUGAGCCCCAGCUUGAAGAUUUUGUAGAUCAGUUUGUGGAGCUGCAAGGAGAAGAGAUCAUCGCCUACAAGCCGCCUGGAUUUAGCCUGAUGUACCAUCUUCUGAAUGAGUCGCCCAUGUUGGAGCUGUGCCUCAGUUUACUGGAGGAAGGAGUGAAGCAGCUGGAUACCUACGCUGCUUUUCCUGGGAAGAAGCACCUGGAGAAGGCGGUGCAGCACUGUCUUGCACUGCUCAAUCUUGCCCUGCAAAAGGAGAAUCUCUUCAUGGAUCUGCUGAGGGAAAGCCAACUGGCUCUGAUCGUCUCCCCUUUAGAACAGCUAUUGCAAGGAAUCAAUCCCAGAACCAAGAAGGCAGACAAUGUAGUCAACAUUGCCAGAUACCUGUAUCAUGGCAAUACUAAUCCAGAAUUAGCCUUUGAAAGUGCUAAGAUCCUGUGCUGUAUCUCCUGCAACUCCAAUAUUCAGAUAAAAUUGGUUGGAGAUUUCACACAUGAUCAGAGUGUGAGUCAGAAGCUGAUGGCGGGCUUUGUGGAAUGCUUGGACAGCGAGGAUGCGGAAGAAUUUGUGCGUCUGGAAGAAGGGUCAGAACUUGAAAAGAAAUUAGCCGUAAUCCGACACGAAACAAGAACCCACAUCUUGAAUCUUCUUAUUACCUCUUUGGAGCGCAAUCCACCCAAUCUUGCUCUCUACCUAUUGGGCUUUGAGCUAAAGAAACCUGUCAGCACCACAAACCUGCAAGACCCAGGAGUCCUGGGUUGCCCGCGGACCUGCCUUCACGCCAUCCUGAACAUCUUGGAGAAAGGGGCAGAGGGAAGAAGCGGCCCUGUGGCUGUUCGGGAAGCUCCUCAGCUGGCAGAGCUGUGUUACCAGGUGAUAUACCAGCUGUGUGCAUGCUCUGAUACGUCUGGCCCCACUAUGAGGUACUUGAGAACGAGCCAGGAUUUCUUAUUUUCUCAGCUGCAGCAUUUGCCUUUUUCUAACAAAGAAUAUGAAAUAUCUAUGCUAAACCAAAUGUCGUGGCUUAUGAAGACUGCCUCAAUAGAACUAAGAGUCACUUCUCUCAACCGUCAGCGGUCGCACACCCAGAGGCUCCUGCACCUGCUGUUAGAUGACAUGCCAGUGAAGCCAUACUCAGAUGGAGAAGGGGGAACAGAAGACGAAAAUAGAUCUGUCUCUGGGUUUCUUCACUUUGACACUGCUACUAAAGUACGUCGAAAAAUUCUCAGUAUCCUUGACUCCAUUGACUUCAGUCAGGAAAUUCCUGAGCCGCUGCAGCUGGACUUCUUUGACCGGGCCCAGAUUGAACAAGUGAUUGCGAACUGUGAACACAAGAACUUCCGAGGCCAGACGGUGUGCAAUGUGAAGCUUCUUCAUAGGGUCCUGGUGGCGGAAGUGAACGCCCUGCAGGGCAUGGCAGCCAUCGGACAGAGGCCACUGCUGAUGGAGGAAAUCAGCACCAUUCUUCAGUACGUGGUAGCAAGGAACAAGCUGCUGCAGUGCCUUCACGCCAAGCGCCACGCGCUCGAGUCCUGGCGGCAGCUCGUCGAGAUCAUCCUGACCGCCUGCCCCCAGGACCUGAUCCAGCCAGAGGACCGGCAGCUCAUCAUCCGGGAUAUUUUACAAGAUGUGCACGAUAAGAUACUGGAUGAUGAGGCAGCGCAAGAGUUGAUGCCGGUGGUCGCUGGUGCUGUGUUCACACUGACUGCCCACCUCAGCCAAGCCGUCCGCACAGAACAGAAGCAGAUGGUGGUCUCGAGCCCCGGAGAGGCCCACUAUGCUUUCAUGCUUCACAGUGUCACCUCUCCUUCGGCAGAGAGCCCCCCAGUGGGCUUCGCUUCCAUCGGGGAUUCUUCACUUCACAUCAUUUUGAAAAAAUUAUUGGACUUCAUUUUGAAGACAGGCGGCGGCUUCCAGCGGGUGCGGACUCACCUGUACGGCUCUCUGCUCUAUUACCUACAGAUCGCCCAGAGGCCAGAUGAACCCGACACUUUAGAAGCAGCUAAGAAAACCAUGUGGGAAAGGCUGACAGCCCCAGAAGAUGUGUUCAGUAAAUUGCAGCGAGAAAACGUGGCCAUCAUUGAGAGCUACGGUGCUACCCUGAUGGAGGUGGUGUGUCGUGACGCCUGUGACGGCCACGAGAUCGGCAGGAUGCUGGCCCUGGCCCUGCUGGAUCGGAUCGUCUCCGUGGAUAAGCAGCAGCAAUGGCUUCUGUACCUCUCCAACAGCGGCUAUCUGAAGGUCCUUGUGGACAGCCUGCUGGAAGAUGACCGGACUUUGCAGAGUCUGCUGACUCCGCAACCUCCCCUCUUAAAAGCCCUCUAUACCUACGAGUCCAAAAUGGCAUUUCUCACAAGAGUCGCUAAGAUACAGCAAGGCGCCUUGGAGCUGUUGAGGUCCGGAGUGAUUGUGCGGCUAGCACAAUGCCAAGUCUAUGACAUGCGUCCAGAAAUGGAUGCACAGGGGGUGUUUGGCAUGCGGGACCGGCCGGUGUUCAUCCCCACACCAGUGGAUCGCUAUCGUCAGAUUCUCCUUCCGGCUCUGCGGCUCUGUCAGGUGAUCCUCACAUCCAGUAUGGCCCAGCACCUGCAAGCAGCAGGGCAGGUGUUGCAGUUCCUCAUUGCGCACUCCGACACCAUCCAGGCCAUUCUGCGCUGUCAGGAGAUGAGCGUGGGGUCCCUGCAGGAGCUGGCUCUGCUCACGGGAAUCAUCAGCAAAGCUGCGCUUCCCGGUAUUUUAAGUGAGCUUGACGUUGACGUCAAUGAAGGCUCGCUGAUGGAGCUCCAGGGACACAUCGGAAGAUUCCAGCGCCAGUGUUUGGGACUACUGAGUCGCUUUGGUGGUUCCGACAGACUGCGUCAGUUCAAAUUUCAAGAUGAUAAUGUGGAGGGAGAUAGAGUGAGCAAGAAGGAUGAGAUUGAGCUGGCUAUGCAGCAGAUUUGUGCCAACGUCAUGGAAUAUUGCCAGUCGCUCAUGUUGCAGAGUUCGCCUACCCUGCAGCAUGCUGUGUGUCUCUUCACCCCGAGCCUUUCGGAAACGGUUAACAGGGACGGGUCCCGGCAAGAUUCCCAAGCUGCUGUGGUUCCAUACUGGCGCCUGCCUGGUUUGGGCAUUAUCCUCUACCUGCUGAAACAGAGCGCUAAUGAUUUCUUCAGCUAUUAUGACAGUCAUCGACGAAGUGUCAACAAGCUCCAGAAUGUAGAGCAGCUUCCCCCAGAUGAGAUCAAAGAGUUGUGUCAGUCCGUGAUGCCUGCUGGUGUCGACAAAAUCCCCACGGCCCAGAAGUAUGUUCUCGCGAGACGGCGUUUGGUGAAGCUGAUCAACAACCGAGCUAAGCUGCUUUCGCUUUGCUCUUUUAUCAUAGAAACCUGCCUGUUUAUCCUUUGGCGCCACCUGGAGUAUUACUUAUUACAUUGCAUACCAACGGAUUCCCAGGAUUCCUUAUUUGCCUCCAGAACCUUAUUUAAAAACAGACGACUUCAAGAUUCCUUCUCGGAAACAAAUCUAGAUUUUAAAAGUGGGCUGACAGUAGUAAGCCAACAUGAUAUAGACCAGCUGCAGGCUGACGCCGUCGGCGCGCUCGGAGAAUCGCUGCAGAAGAAGCUGCUGGACAUCGAAGGGCUGUACUCCAGGGUCCGCUCGCGGCCCAGCUUCGUUCAGGCUCUGCUCAGACGGAUCCGCGGCCUCGUGAGGGUGGCCCGGGGCUGAGCCGCGCCUGGGCCCCUCCCCGCAGCACAGGACUGGGGAGGGCUGUCUCCGGCUUCCGUGUGUGUCAACUAGUUCGUUUCUAAAUUAUGACGACUCAAAAAAAUAUUUUUUGCUAUUUCUCUAUACAUGGACAUUUUUGUGUAAACUUCUUUGUCUAAUUCCAUCCUCACCAGUGAACAAUAAACACUUUUUAAAAAACUCAGAUCUUGAGACUGCCUCGACCUUCGACGGAUGGGUUCCCCUGGCUGCGUUGUUCUGAAUGCCAAGCUCCCACAGGCUGGUCGGGAAAUCCACGCUUUGUGCCUGUGUCACACGUUCACUGCCUAGGAUGGAAUGAAAAUAAAUUAUUUCCAUUCUCCAUUAUGAAAUAGUUUUAUCUAUGAAAGUUUAUUAUAAAAAU